AUGGCGAUGGCUCUGCGCCGCCUCGCGGGCGUGUCCGGCUCGCCGUCGGCCUCCGCUGCCGCGGCCGCGCUGCUACUCCGGCCGGCGCUGACCCGCCCGAUCUCCACCGGCUUCCGCGAGGAGCGCGACACCUUCGGUCCCAUCCAAGUCCCCAACGACAAGCUGUGGGGCGCGCAGACGCAGAGGUCGCUGCAGAACUUCGACAUUGGCGGGGAGCGCGAGAGGAUGCCCGUGCCCAUCAUCCGCGCUUUUGGCGUGCUAAAAAAGUGCGCCGCUAAGGUAAAUAUGGAGUAUGGCCUUGAUCCAACAAUAGGGAAGGCCAUAGUGCAGGCAGCUGAGGAGGUCGCAGAGGGAAAGUUGGAUGAUCACUUCCCACUUGUUAUCUGGCAAACUGGCAGUGGCACACAAAGCAACAUGAAUGCCAAUGAGGUAAUUGCAAAUAGGGCAGCUGAGAUCCUUGGACACAAGCGUGGUGAGAAGUUUGUGCACCCAAAUGACCAUGUGAAUAGGUCACAAUCUUCAAAUGAUACAUUUCCCACUGUAAUGCAUAUAGCGGCGGCCGUUGAGAUAAAUUCGAGGUUUAUCCCAAGUUUGCAACAGUUGCAUGAUUCACUUCAUUCAAAAACUGUUGAGUUUAAAGACAUAAUUAAAAUUGGGCGUACACAUACCCAAGAUGCUACCCCAUUGACUCUUGGCCAAGAAUUCAGUGGUUACACUACACAGGUCAAAUAUGGAAUUGACCGUAUUAAUUGUACAUUACCUCGGAUGUACCAGCUUGCUCAAGGUGGAACUGCAGUUGGAACUGGCUUGAACACUAAGAAAGGAUUUGAUGUCAAAAUAGCUGCUGCAGUGGCUGAGGAAACAAACCUACCCUUUGUGACAGCAGAGAACAAGUUUGAAGUUUUGGCAGCGCAUGACGCUUUUGUCGAGAGCAGUGGCGCGGUAAAUACAAUUUCUGCAUCUCUUAUGAAGAUAGCAAAUGACAUACGCUUGCUAGGAAGUGGUCCUCGAUGUGGUCUUGGUGAACUAAUCCUACCAGAAAAUGAGCCUGGGAGCAGCAUUAUGCCUGGAAAAGUUAAUCCAACCCAGUGCGAGGCUCUGACAAUGGUUUGUGCUCAGGUUAUGGGUAAUCAUGUUGGUGUUACAGUUGGUGGUGCAAAUGGGCAUUUUGAACUGAAUGUUUUUAAGCCAAUGAUCGCAGCCGGAUUACUUCGAUCAUUGAGGUUGUUAGGGGAUGCAUCUGUGUCCUUCGAGAAAAAUUGUGUCAGGGGAAUUCAAGCAAACCAUAAGAGAAUUUCACAACUUUUGCAUGAGUCUCUGAUGUUGGUGACAUCUUUGAACCCUAAAAUUGGCUAUGACAAUGCUGCAGCUGUUGCUAAGAAAGCCCACAAAGAAGGAACCACGUUGAAGAAAGCUGCAUUAGACCUUGGAGUAUUAACGGAGCAAGAAUUCCAUGAGCUUGUUGUCCCAGAGAAAAUGAUUGGUCCUUCUGAUUGA